AGACUAAGAGAGAGAGAGAGAGAGCGAAGGAAUGCGUGUCGGAGAGGAAGGGACGAGGGAAGCCCAGAGAAAGAGCGAGGGUUGUGUGCGGUGGGAGUCAAACCCGAAGUCCCCCCGAAUCCCCGCGGUGGGGAAUGGCCUCGGCUUCAUUGUGACGCAAGCAAGGCGAGAGAGAGAGAGAGCGAGAGAGAGAGAGAGAGCCGGCGCUGGUCCCCGAGCCUCCUGGCCCGGCGCGCUCCACUCCAGCCAGACGGCAGCAGCCAGGAGCAGGAACCGAGAGGCGGAGGCAGAAGCAGCAGGAGCUCCCCGGCGGCGAGACAUUUAUUAUUCAACUAAGCCAAUGAAGAUGUGCAUAGAAGAAUAAUGGAAGCCCCUGAAUAUCUUGAUCUGGAUGAAAUAGAUUUUAGUGAUGAUAUAUCUUAUUCAGUAACUUCCCUCAAGACUAUCCCAGAAUUACACAGGAAGUGCGAUUCACAAAAUGAAGACAGAACAGUUUCUGGCACCAACUGGAGUUUGGGAGUCUCAACUCUCCUUGGAAAUGGGCAAAAACCAACUGGCAUUGCAGAUGUGUACAGUAAAUUCAGGCCAGUGAAGAGAGUUUCCCCACUUAAGCACCAACCAGAAAGCUCUGAAAAUAAUGAAAGUGAUGACCAAAAGAACCAAAAGGUAGAGUACAAGAAAGAUGGUGACUCUCCAUCUGCAGCUCAGACUGGCAACCAGACUCUGGGUAGUGGGGAGAGUCUUAAGGCUAAGUGUGGCGAACCGGGAGUUUUGCUUGGUGAGCUGGAGCAUUAUGACCUGGACAUGGAUGAAAUUUUGGAUGUGCCUUAUAUUAAAUCCAGCCAGCAGCUUGCUGCUUUUACCAAGGCAGCUCCAGAGAAACAGAUUUUGAGUGUGUACUCAACGCUGAAUGGUCUCAAUAGCAAGUUAUACUCUGCAGGAAACACUGAGAAGACACCAACAGGAACAACGCAGUUCUGUGUUCUGUCCCCGGUGAAAAGCUCUCAGCUGAGAAAAGCACAGCCCAUUGUCCCUGAUCAGCAUACGCAUUUAGCAGAAGGAUUCGAGUUUCCCCGGCCAUUAGUUAAAUGUGGUUCAGUUCAGGAACCCGAAGCUCAGACCAAGAGCUUCCUCAACAGGACGUUUGGUGAUAAAAUGGAGAAGACGCUGCCCCACAGUCAAUUAAGGACUUUUCAUCUGCAGGCAGCAGUGACAGAAAACAAGCAAGAUGACUCGAAUAGCAAUGCAAACUGGAACAGCUCUGGAGGUCUAGAAGAACGGAACGAGAAUAUGAAAAAGAAUAAAAGCAUUCUCAAUAUUGUGAAAGAAGGGCAGAUAUCCCUACUGCCCCACCACGCAGUGGACAAUCUGGAUAAAAUUCAUGACGAAAAUGGCAACAAUCUUUUGCAUGUUGCAGCAUCACAAGGGCAUGCAGAAUGCUUACAGCAUCUCACAUCUCUGAUGGGUGAAGACUGCUUGAACGAGCGAAACAGUGAACGGCUGACUCCAGCUGGUUUAGCAAUAAAGAAUGGCCAGCUGGAGUGUGUGAGGUGGAUGGUGAGUGAAACAGAAGCUAUUGCAGAACUCAGUUGCUCAAAAGAUCACCCAAGCCUUAUUCACUAUGCAGGUUGCUAUGGACAGGAGAAAAUCCUUCUGUGGCUUCUUCAAUUUAUGCAAGAACAAGGGAUUUCUUUGGACGAAGUUGAUCAGGAUGGCAACAGCGCAGUCCAUGUAGCUGCCCAGCAGGGAUAUCUGGGGUGUAUACAGACUCUGGUGGAAUAUGGAGCAAAUGUCACUAUGCAAAACCAUGCUGGCGAGAAACCUUCCCAAAGUGCUGAAAGGCAGGGGCACACCAUGUGUUCACGUUACCUUGUAGUAGUGGAGACAUGCAUGUCAUUGGCAUCCCAAGUUGUGAAGCUAACCAAGCAACUCAAAGAACAGACUGUAGAACAUGUGACAAUACAGAAUCAACUCCAGCAGGUUCUGGAAACACAGAGGUCACUGCCAACAUCUCCAAGUUCACCAUCAUCAUCCAUUUAUGGCAAACCACAGUGGAAACCUUCUGAUACAGAUGACUCGACUCUACCGAAAAAUAAAUUGAACACCCAGGAUGGAAUCCAGAUCUUUAGCAGUGUGGGAACUCCUCACCACAAUCAGCCUAAAAUUAAAGAUGAGGACUCUGACAGAAUCCUGCGCCAGCUGCUGGGGAAAGAAAUCUCUGAGGAUGCCUGCAUGCAAGAAAAGCUGUCCUUAGAAUUUCGAGAUGUUCGUGCUUCCAAGAGCAUGAAGAAAGCUCCCUUGGAGAAAAAGGAGUUGAAAUUAGCAAGGCUGAAGCAUCUAAUGCAGCGAUCCCUCAGUGAGUCUGAUACAGAUUCCAAUAACUCUGAAGAUCAGAAGAAUACACCUGUGAGAAGAAUGGAGAAGCCAAGGCCACAGCCCAUAGUGGAAAGCUCUGAAAGCACGGAGAAUUUGCACCUAAUGAUUAAGAGGCACACUUUGGCAUCAGGUCGCCGGUUCCCUUUUGGAAUGAAAGCCUCAAAAUCAUUGGAUGGUCACAGCCCUUCUCCCACUUCUGAAAGCAGUGAUCCUGAUAAUGAGUCCCUGUAUCAGACUGGUACCUUAUCUCAGAACCAGGAGUCAGGAGAUGCUUGCCAGUCAAACCCUGAGACCUCCACUUCUCACAAAGUUGCCACAAGUCCCAAGAGCGCACUCAAAUCACCAUCUUCAAAGCGCAGAACUGCCCAAAAUUUAAAACUCAGAGUGACGUUUGAGGAGCCUGUGGUACAGGUGGAGCAAACAGAAGUUGGUUUAAAUGGGGAAAGGGACAAAGAGAGGAGUAAGGUCCUUCAGCGGCCACCCAAUGCUGAAACUGGGGAGCAGCAGAAACGACCAUUUGGAACAUUUCGGUCCAUAAUGGAAACACUGAGUGGCAACCAGAACAAUAAUAAUAACUAUCAGACUUCGAGCUUAACCAAGACCUCAUCACCUUUUACCUCAUUAGGAAGGAAAGCCACAGAUAGCAAGGGAAAUUCAGCUAACUCAGCAAAAGGAAAAAAUAAACCAGCUCCUUACUCCGGCUGUGUCAGUUUUUCCACUAGCAUGCUGAUUGAAGACCGCCUGUGUAACUAUGCAUGGCAUAACACCACCAACAGAAAACUUCAGCAAUCUUACAGCAGAAGUUGUUUUGAAGAACCAGAGCUGCAAGAAUUCUUCCUUUGACUCACAUCUCAUGGGGUUUCACUGUCUUCCUCCAAACAUGGCCUGAAAUCUUCUCACUUGAAAACUUAACUUUCACCAGCAGAAUAGCAGACUCUUUGGAUGCCUUACAUUUAUAGUAACUAGACCAUAUACUAAAAUUCAUAUGUGUCUAUGCCAAUGCUUUGUAAAGAGUUAUUAUUUUAAGGCAAGGGUGAGCAAAAGCCAUGAUUUGGAAACAAAAUAAUGCAAGGAGCCUCCAGAACAUUCAUCUGACCACCAUUUUGUACACUACUUGUUGCAUGGAUAUAAUGUAACAUGUCUUGUAUCUUCCUUUCUACAAACCCAGUUGUGUCUGUUAAAUAUAAUUUGAGAAAUGAUCUAAUAAGGUCUUUGUAUGCCCAGAUUCUCACUGAGCCUGAGACAAGGGCUCCCCUCUCCCUCUUGAUCAACCAUGUUUUACUUCUAUUUUUGAUUUUUUGUAUAAAAGAAAAUAAACUAUGUGUUAACCAAAACACAGUAUAAACAUAA